AUGCCACUCGAAUCAUGCAUGAUCCUCUUGGACAAUUCGGAAUACAUGCGCAAUGGCGACUACAUUCCCACCCGUCUGGAAGCCCAACAAGACGCGGCCAAUCUCUUGGUGGGUGCCAAGACGCAAUCUCAUCCCGAAUCCACCGUCGGCAUUAGUGCUGGUACCGAGUUGUUGGUAUCUCCCACUGAAGAUGUCGGCAAGAUUCUAAAUGCGCUUCACGGAGUUCCCUUGAAGAGCUUGGGGUCCGAUGUCACGGCCAGUGUGCAAGUGGCUUCCCUCGCUUUGAAACAUCGACGCAACAAGAAUGGUUCCCAAAGGAUCGUCUUGUUUGUUGGCUCACCUUUGAAUGGGAUCGAAUCUCGGGCCCUCCAAAAGGCGGGACGUCAACUCAAAAAGAACAAUGUGUCCAUUGAUGUCGUGGCCAUGGGGGAGUUGGAAGCCAAUGAGACCAAACUUCAGGAACUUGUGGAUGCUGCCAAUGGCCGAGUCAUCGAAGGACAAGAGCGUACUUGUCAUUUGGUAACUAUUCCUUCUGGAGUCUUGCCUUCAGAUGUCUUGGCUUCCUCUCCCAUUGUUCAUGGAGGUGCUGGGGGAUCUGCCUUUGCGGCUUCGGCUGCCGUGGCGGCGGCUCAAGCGGGUACCGCCGGAGGCGGUGGCGGUGGCGAUGGCUUUGCCGACUUUGGUGGGGUGGAUCCAAACAUGGAUCCCGAACUUGCCAUGGCUCUCCGAGUCAGUAUGGAAGAAGAACGUGCCCGCCAAGAACGAUUGGCUGCCCAACAGCAACAAGAACAAUCCUCGCAAACAGCAGCCGCCAGUGGCAAUGGCGAAUCCAGUGGGGAUGCCGAAAUGGCGGAUGGAGCUGUUGCUGCCCCUGCACCAGCUUCGGCCGCCAUGGAUUUGGGCCUGUCAGAGGAAGAAGCCCUCUUGCAACAAGCACUUGCCAUGUCCAUGAAUGAAAACGAACCUGCGGCUGCUUCUUCUGCCGCUCCUCCAGAGGAGGACGAUGAGGCCGCUGCCAUGCAAUUGGCAUUGCAAAUGUCCAUGAAUGCGGAAGCAUCAUCAGCAUCAACCAGUGAACAGGUCAGUGAGUUGGUCAGCAGUUUGCCUGGAGUCAAUGCCAAUGAUCCAGCCAUUCAAUCGGCCCUCAAGAACCUUAAGAAAGAAGAAAAAGAUGGUGAUAAAAAGGAUGGUGACAAGAAGAAGAAGGACGACAAGUAA